UGUUUCAGAUGAAGACCUUCAUCACCAUCGCAUUGCUAUCAGCACUAGCAGCCUGCUGUAGUGCUAGUGUCCUCCCGAGUAAGGAGGAGUUGGCCAGAGGUGUCACGGUGGUAGAAAAUGCUGAUGAGGCAGAGCUCCAGAAAUUCCUGUCCACUCGCCAGGCGUCAAACGAAACUGAGCUUUUAUUCGAGUCCAACUUCUUCGUGCCAGCCAUUCCGGGCGAAGCGGUAGUACACCGAAUCGAGUACAUUGGCGCACCAAACACUGUGAUAACCACCACUCAUAGAAACCACUUUCAACCAUUGCCAUCUCUAGUGCACACUGCAGGCUGGCUGACCAACAAUCUCGUCAUGACUUUGACUUCACAAGUCGGCGGCAGUAUGCUUGGUAGUGUGAAAAUUUAUGGCUACGUGCACGGAAACUAGUUAAUAAUACCGUAUAUUAUGUACUAAUGCCAGUAAGUCAAGCUACCCCACUCUGUCAAUUACAUUUUCAACUUUAUAUCCGAACAAUACAGCUGACAAUCUAAUAAAGUCUGACAGAAAAGAACCAUUAUUUUGAAAGAUUGAAGCAGUUUGAUGUACUUGGCACCUGUAACAACGUCCGAACUGUAAUUGGCCAAACAUGAUUUGUCUACUUGAAGCUCAUUUUAUCAUUAUAAUUAUGCAUAUUUUUCUGGUAAAUUGUUAGUAAGUCUCGAUUAAUUUGAAGCCACACCGGCGCUUAUAUCGAGACUUACAUUUUUCUUAAUAUUUACUUAAAUAAUUUAAUCGAUUUCCCUAUAAUCCUGUCAAUAUUUUUUUAUUCUAUCUUAUAUUAUAAUAUGUAUCAUUAAAAUAACAUUAUAAUGUAA